AUGGCACCAAACGGAAAAAUGCGCGAAAUUGUUUCGAUUCACAUCGGCCAAGCCGGUGUUCAAAUCGGAAAUGCUUGUUGGGAAUUAUAUUGCCUUGAACACGGUAUUUCACCAGAUGGAACUAUGCCAACUGAUCAAAGUCUUGGUGUUGAAGAUCAAUCAUAUAACACAUUUUUCUCUGAAACUCCAGCAGGUAAGAAAUUGCAAAAAUAAAAGAAGAAAAUGAGAAAUUGAUGAUCAAAUCAAAAAUGAAUUCAAUUUCAAAUUCGAAUUUAAAAAUUUGAAUUAUAAUCUAUGCAAUUUACAGGAAAACACGUUCCACGAGCAUGUUUUGUAGAUUUGGAACCAACAGUUAUUGAUGAGGUUGGACCAAGAACAAAAAAUUUAACAAAAUAAUUUCUUACAAAAUUGAAUUCAGGUUCGCACUGGAACAUAUGCCAAAUUGUUUCAUCCAGAACAAUUGAUUUCUGGAAAAGAAGAUGCUGCAAAUAAUUAUGCUCGAGGACAUUAUACAAUUGGAAAAGAAUUAAUUGAUGUUGUUAUGGAUCGAGUUCGAAGAUUAACUGAAAGAUGUCAAUCACUUCAAGGUUUCUUGAUUUUUCAUUCUUUUGGAGGUGGAACUGGAAGUGGAUUCACAUCACUUGUUAUGGAAAGAUUAUCGAUUGAUUAUGGAAAAAAAGCAAAACUCGAAUUCUCAAUUUAUCCAGCUCCACAGAUCAGCACAUGUUAGUUUCUUGAUUUUUUUAUUUAUGACUUUUGUUUUAUUGUAAAUAUAAUUUUAAAAAUGUUCAGCGAUGGUCGAACCAUAUAAUUCUCUUCUUACAACACAUACAACUCUUGAACAUUCCGAUUGUUCAUUUAUUAUGGAUAAUGAAGCAAUUUAUGAGAUAACAAAAGUGAAUCUUGGUGUUCGAAGUCCAACUUAUACACAUUUGAACAGAUUAUUGGCACAAGUUGUUUCUUCAAUUACAGCAUCACUUCGUUUUGAUGGAGCAUUAAAUGUUGAUUUGACUGAAUUCCAAACUAAUUUGGUUCCUUAUCCAAGAAUUCAUUUCCCAUUGGUUACUUAUGCGCCAAUUAUUUCAGCGUAAGAUUUUUGGGCGAAAAAGUUAUUAUAACAUGAGAGGGAAAACUGGAAUUUCAAAGAAAUUUGGAUACUGUAGAAUUUUUUCGACAAUUCGAAAAUCGGGACAGCAAAUUUGAACGACUCUAAUUGACGAUAAUCGACCAUUCUGAACUAUGAUGUGCAAUCAGAAUUCAAGAUUAGGCAAAAAAAUGAACUUUAAAAUCACCUCAAAGCUCAUUUCCACUUGUUCAGCAUAAGAAUUUAAGAAUUCAAACUUUUUUUGACUAUUUCAUGUUUGCAGCGAAAAAGCAUAUCACGAACAAUUAACAGUUUCUGAAAUCACAAAUGCAUGUUUCGAACCUGGAAGUCAAAUGGUAAAAUGUGAUCCUCGAAAUGGAAAAUAUAUGGCAUGUUGUCUUUUGUAUCGUGGAGAUGUUGUUCCAAAAGAUAUCAAUUCCGCAAUUUCAACAAUUAAAACAAAACGAGCAAUUCAAUUUGUUGAUUGGUGUCCAACUGGUUUCAAAGUUGGAAUUAAUUAUCAGCCACCAACUGUUGUUCCCGGAGGAGAUUUGGCUAAAUUACAACGAGCUGUUUGUAUGUUAUCAAAUACAACUGCAAUUCAAGAAGCUUGGGCGAGAUUAGAUCAUAAAUUUGAUUUGAUGUAUGCUAAACGAGCAUUUGUUCAUUGGUAAGAUAUUGGAUUUAAGAUAUUGGAGGGGAUAAAAAUAGAUAAUUUGUAGGUAUGUUGGUGAAGGAAUGGAAGAAGGAGAGUUUUCGGAAGCAAGAGAAGAUAUGGCAGCAUUGGAAAAAGAUUAUGAAGAAGUUGGAGUUGAUUCUUUUGAUCCAAAUGAAGAUGAAUACUAA